AUGUUGCCGGCUCAAGUGGGGAUGAACCUUUUAACGUAUUUCACUGUAUUAGCUGUAUCGACGUUGAUUGACUUCGUGGAAUGUGGACGUGAUUUCUAUAAAAUCCUCGGUGUACCACGAAACGCGAACGCAAAUCAGAUUAAAAAAGCGUACCGAAAACUUGCAAAGGAACUGCACCCUGACAAACAUCCCGACGAUGAGCUAGCACACGAAAAAUUCCAGGAUCUUGGAGCUGCUUAUGAGGUUCUGUCGGAUAAAGAGAAGCGAGCAACUUAUGAUCGUCAUGGUGAAGAAGGUGUGAAAAAGAUGAUGGGAGGUGGAGGCGGACACGACCCCUUCUCCUCAUUUUUCGGCGACUUCUUUGGAGGAGGGCACGACUCUGGAGAAGAUGAGAGACCCAGGGGAGCGGACGUUGUUUUUGAUUUGUUUGUCACUUUGGAAGAAGUCUAUGUCGGACAUUUUGUGGAGGUAAAGAGGAAAAAAGCAGUCUACAAACAAACAUCAGGAACGAGGAAAUGCAACUGUAGGAACGAAAUGCGUACCGAACAAGUAGGAAUGGGUCGGUUCCAAAUGUACCAGAUUCAAGUGUGCGACGAAUGUCCGAAUGUGAAGCUUGUGCAGGAGUCGAGAACGCUUGAGAUCGAGAUUGAAGUGGGCGCAAACGACGGUCAUGAGCAAGUUUUUGUUGGCGAAGGCGAGCCACAUAUUGAAGGAGAUCCCGGUGAUUUGAGAGUACGAAUCAAUGUCCAAAAACAUCCGAGAUUUGAGCGGAAGGGUGAUGACCUUUAUACGAAUGUCACGAUCUCGUUGCAAGAUGCCCUAAAUGGAUUCAAAAUGGAAAUUGAACAUUUGGACGGGCACAAAGUUAGUAUCGAGCGAGAAAAGGUUACUUGGCCAGGCGCACGUUUACGGAAGAAAGAUGAGGGAAUGCCGUCAAUGACGAACAACAAUGAGCGGGGAAUUCUCUACGUUACAUUUGAUGUAGAGUUCCCACGCACUGAACUUACUGAGGAGCAAAAGAAAAUAGUCGCAGAGCUGUUAAAACAGGAUACAGUUAAACCGAAGAUCUACAAUGGGCUUCAGGGCUAUUAA